AGGAGGUCGAAAAUACCAGAGAGGUUGAGGGUUUGGGAACGACUUGGGACCGAGUAAGUGAGGCGAGAGUGAGCAGAGAGAGAAGGUAGUCCCCGAAGCCCGGCGGAGGUAGGAGUUACAGGCCCAAAAACUGCGAUUGGCGUACACAAGAAGCUCCCACUAUGGUGGCUCUCUGCCCAACGUGAACCAGAUUGGCUGUGGCCUGGCUGAGUUCCAGAGCCCCCUCCACUCACCCUUGGAUUCAUCUCGGAGCACUCGGCACCACGGGCUGGUGGAACGGGUGCAGCGAGAUCCCCGAAGAAUGGUGUCCCCACUUCGCCGCUACCCCCGCCACAUUGACAGCUCUCCAUACAGUCCUGCCUACUUGUCUCCUCCCCCAGAGUCCAGCUGGCGGAGGACAAUGCCCUGGGGCAAUUUCCCUGCAGAGAAGGGGCAGUUGUUUCGACUACCAUCUGCACUUAACAGGACAAGCUCUGACUCUGCCCUUCACACAAGCGUGAUGAACCCCAGCCCUCAGGACACUUACCCAGGCCCUGCCCCUCCCAGCGUCCUGCCCAGCCGCCGUGGAGGUUUUCUGGAUGGUGAAAUGGACUCCAAAGUCCCUGCUAUUGAGGAGAACUUGCUAGAUGACAAGCAUUUGCUGAAGCCAUGGGAUGCUAAGAAGCUGUCCUCUUCCUCCUCCCGACCCCGGUCCUGUGAAGUCCCUGGAAUUAACAUCUUUCCGUCUCCUGACCAGCCUGCCACUGUGCCUGUCCUCCCACCUGCCAUGAACACGGGAGGCUCCCUACCUGACCUCACCAACCUGCACUUUCCCCCACCGCUGCCCAUCCCUCUGGACCCAGAGGAGACAGCCUACCCCAACUUGAGUGGGGGCAACAGUACCUCCAACUUGACCCACACCAUGACCCACCUGGGCAUCAGUGGGGGCCUGGGCCUGGGCCCAGGCUAUGAUGCGCCAGGACUUCAUUCACCUCUCAGCCACCCAUCCUUGCAGUCCUCCCUAAGCAAUCCCAACCUCCAGGCUUCCCUGAGCAGUCCUCAGCCCCAGCUCCAGGGCUCCCACAGUCACCCCUCACUGCCUGCCUCCUCCUUGGCCCGCCAUGCACUGCCCACCACCUCCCUGGGUCACCCUUCACUCAGUGCCCCAGCCCUCUCCUCCUCCUCCUCCUCUUCCGCUCCAUCUCCUGUGCUGGGUGCCCCCCCUUUCCCAGCUUCUACCCCUGGGGCCUCCCCCCGCCACCGCCGUGUGCCCCUCAGCCCCCUGAGUUUGCCCGCGGGCCCAGCCGACGCCAGAAGGUCCCAACAGCAACUGCCCAAACAGUUUUCGCCAACAGUGUCACCCACCUUGUCUUCCAUCACUCAGGGCGUCCCCCUGGACACCAGUAAGCUGCCCACUGACCAGCGACUGCCUCCAUACCCAUACAGCCCCCCAAGUUUGGUUCUGCCCACCCAGCCACCCACCCCAAAGCCUCUACAGCAGCCAGGUCUGCCCUCCCAGGCCUGCUCAGUGCAGCCGUCAGGUGGGCAGCCCCCGGGCAGACAGCUGCAUUACGGGACACUGUACCCACCCAGCUCCAGCGGGCAUGGGCAGCAGUCUUACCACCGGCCGAUGAGUGACUUCAGCCUAGGGAGUCUGGAGCAGUUCAGCGUGGAGAACCCAUCCACCAGCCUGGCGCUGGAUCCCUCCAGCUUUUCCGAAGGGCCUGGAUUUUUAGGGGGUGAGGGGCCAGUGAGUGGCCCCCAGGACCCCCAUGCCCUCAACCACCAGAACUUAACCCACUGUUCCCGCCAUGGCUCAGGGCCUAACAUCAUCCUCACAGGCGACUCCUCCCCCGGUUUCUCUAAGGAGAUUGCAGCGGCCCUGGCUGGAGUGCCUGGCUUUGAGGUGUCAGCGGCUGAGCUGGGGCUGGGGCUGGAGGAGGAGCUGCGCAUGGAGCCACUGGGCCUGGAGGGGCUCAACAUGCUCAGCGACCCCUGUGCCCUGCUGCCCGACCCUGCUGUGGAGGACUCGUUCCGCAGUGACCGGCUGCAGUGAGGGCUCCUCAUCGCCAUGCCUCUUCUGGGGCCUGUCCCCCGUCACUGUCCUGUUCCUCCCUUCCCCCUGGCCAGUAGAGACUCCACUCUCUGCCCCCAGAUCCUCUUUCUAACAUGAAUGAGGGAUCCCAAGAAUGAGAAAAAGCAAGGGGUUUGUCCAGGUGGCCCCUGAGUUCUGCACAGGGGGCGGGCCUGGGGGAGCUCAAGGGAGGGCCUAAAGCACUUGUAACUUUGAACCGUCUGUCUGGAGGUCAGAGCCUGUUGGAAAGCAGGGGGCAUAGGGGAACCCCGGAGGCAGGGCUUGUCCGGAUGCCUGGGGUGGGCAGUGCCAGCCCCUCCUCACCACUCUUCCCCUUGCAGUGGAGGAGAGAGCCAGAGUGGAUAUUAUUUUUUAUUAAAUAUAUUAUAUGUUAAUAAAAAAAUCAUUAUCAAA